CCGCACCCUGAUGUUUUUCAUUUCCUGUCGAUGUUUCUCCCUCUCUCCAGUGUCCAGUCUGCUCAGUGCUCGCCAGUCGGUGUCUCGGUCCCGGCGGGUUUGAGGUGUCGGUCGGAGUAACCGGAGACUCUGGAACCAUCCCUCAGUACACUGGGAGUUUCGGCUCCCGCUCAGCUCCCGGACGUGUGGUCACUUGUUCUCCAGUUUGUGUUCGUGGUGGCUCACGAAGAGACUGUUCUGCGUGAAAAUCUCAGGGGGAUCAGUGGUUUCUGAGAUACUCAAACCAUCCUAUCUGGCACCAUCCAUGGUCAAAGUCACUUGGAUCGCGUUUCUUCACCACACCGUUCUGAUGGUUUGGUCUGCACAACAACUGAGCCUCUGGACCAUGAGCCGACAUCAUCACGUCCAUUUCAGUCACUCUCUCUAUACCUACUACCAUCACGUGGGAUAUACUUACGUGUGAGAAGGUUUCCCACCAGGCUCAAAAGAAGAUUCAUUCACGCUGUGAUAGAGCUCUUCAAAGGACAUCUUGUACAAUAAAGUGUCCAGAGCACAGGAGGUCUACGAGGUUGGUUGUGCCUCACCUGGCGGCAGUUUGCAGACAUGAACAGUCCUAUUCUACUGCUGAUGUUGGCUGUCUUUGCAAAGAUCUCGUGGGAGGAAGAAAUCAAGCUUGUCUCAGCCCCUGGGGACUCCGUUUGGUUUCCUGGUGUGGAUGCAGAUCAAAGGCGCCAGAUUAGGGUGUUCCAAUGGAAGAAGGUCAGCAGGAACGAUACGAAGGAACAUUUGAAGCUGAUUCUGAAGUUUCACAAGAGCAGCAAGGAGCCUGCCUUGAUUCAAAAUUACAGCAGGCGCAUCACCUUCUCCACGUUUAAUGGGUCAUUUGCCAUUCAUAACAUAACACGUGAAGACGAAGGUCUGUAUCGGCUGUUCAUCAACCAGAAAACAGUCGCAGUGCAGGCAGUUUGGGUGAGAGUAAUAGAUAAACUCUCAGCAGUUUCUUUGAGGAGUAACUCGAACUCGCUGGGUGAUACCAUCCAGCUCAGCUGCAACAUCAGUGGAUACCCACAUCAGUAUCAGUGGCGGAAAGACGGAGGGGGGAUCAGCCCACGUCACCAGCUAGUAAACGGGAACAGAGUCCUCGUCAUCCCAGGGGCCUCGAGUGCUGACUGUGGAACGUACACCUGUAUUGCAACGAAUCCUGUCAGCUCCGUCCAGAUAAGUCACAGCCUGACUAUUUAUGGUAUUCCGCCAGUUCAGAUUAUCGCCAUUAUGCUUGGGACUGCAGGUCUGUUGUUCUUUGGAGUGAAUGUCCUUGGAUCUAUUGCAUUCUGUACCUUUAAGUGCAUGUCAGAGCAAGAAUCUCGUGGGAAACUAUAUCUCUUCUUAAUGUGGAUGAUUUCCUGGCACAUUCCGUCUCUCCUUGUCAUUCAGUUGGCGCUCAUUUCCUGGAGUAUUGUUGAAGGUAUUGUCACUCUAACAAUAAUUAUUUUAUUUGCUGCAUCUCUCCUGCUGUUGUUCAUGCCUGUACUAGGAAAGAUUAACAGUGGUCUGGAACAUUGUGUUUCCGUGGCUGUACCGCUUAGUGGACUUCUUAUGAUCUGCUUAUCCAAUUACAUCCUGAAGGAAAAGUUUCACCAGUUGAAUAAAGGUUGUCACAGCCGCACUCUGACCUGGGGCACGUUCCUCACAUCAACAGCUGUGAUUGGAUUGAUCCACUCCGUGUACUUUGCAGUGUGUCACUAUAAUCGAAACAAGGCACAGGCAGGAGACAUUAAACAGCUGAUUGGGGAAACGCAUGACCUGGAAGCUGAAUCAAGUUACAAAGUUGAAUCCAAGAAGGCUCUGGUUGUUUAGACCGGACACAACAGUCUUCGCUUGCUGAUCUGAGUGGAUGAUGUUCUCUGUUUUCCUGCUAUUAACUCAAGCUUGAAAUACUCGAUGUUGUCAGUUUUGAGUAAGCUUAUCCUGAUUGCAAACAGUGUCUUUUCUUGGCUUCCAGAGAGAAACUUUCAGCCUGGCAAUCCAGCACCACUGUCCUUAAUGCUGGAAUUAUAGGUCUAGAUUCCAUGAAGGAAUAAAGGGGCUCACCCACCCCAGCAUCCCAUUCACCCAGAGUUUACAGGGACUCACAGCCGGCAGUCUUCCAGGAAUAAUGUUGACAGUGUGUGCACCCCAACACAAUCCUGCUCAACCUUCACGAGUUGGAAUGAAGAAGGCUGAGGUAAUGGAACCAUAAUGUACACCAUUAUUAAAGAGAUGCAGAUAUGGUAAACAACCCAAAUCUUUCUUUUCCCCCCAAGAUAGUAAUGUCAAAAGCAAGAUGGUAUGGGUGGAGGGGAAGAUUUUCACAGACAGGGUCGAUGAUAUAACAAGAUCAUAAGAAAUAGGAGCAGGAGUAGGCCAUCCGGCCCAUCAAGCCUGCCCAGCCACUCAAUAAGAUCAUGGUUGAUCUGUCCGUAAAUUCAGCUCCAUCUACCUGCCUUUUCUACAUAACCCUUAACUCACCUACUACAUAAAAAUCUAACUGUAUGUUGAAUUUAUUUAGUGAUGUUAUGGGUCCACAGUUUAGAUUCCGGUGGAUGUCACAUGAUAUUAGUUUUGUUUACUAAGUGUGAUGUAUCUAUAGUCUCGUUUGCUGGAAGCUUGUAGUUUUGAUUCUUGGGACGCCAUGUAGUUCACUGGGAAUUCAUGACUUUGUUUCUGUGAGAGUCACGUGAUGACAUAUCCGCAACGGUAUAAAAGAGUCACAGUUGUUUCAUGGGCAGUGGUUCAUUGGAGUCGCUCGGUAAGGGGUCAAUGGGAAGAGAGUGAGUGAAGGUUGCAGGCUUCGAAUGAACCCAAAGGAUUGUGGUUAGUCGGCAGCACGCUGUGCAUCUCGCAAGUGGCUGACGUUUCGUAAAAUCCCUACGUAAAUUGUGGCACACACUUCUGGUUAAACCCUGCAUGGUCUUGAGUGUUGUGUGGAGACCAUUUCGGCAAAAGGGGCAUUCCCUGUCAGUUACUCUGUGAAAUCUCACUCUUUUUGGACUCUUUGAAAAAGUACCCCGCGGCUGGAAACCUUGGGAACUGGUUCUUUGAGAUCACCUCUCUGCUGUAUUGUGAAUCGACAAGAUCGACUCUCGUGUAUCGUGAACACUCAAAUCUCUCCUCUCACACAUUUCAUGAAUCUCCAUGACAGUUUCAAUUGACACUUUAAGAAUUGUUUCUAAGUCUGCUUCUUUAGGAGCUAUAGACGCAUAAUACCGUAAACUUCUGUUUAAGAUAGCCGUUCAUUUAAUGUUCUAUAUUUCUGCAUAAACGUUAAUAAAUUUAGUUGUUUUGCAAUAAUUCCCCAACUCCAUUCUACAUUUAUUGUUGUUGGUCCAUAACAGUGAAGAAGCCUCAACUGCUUCCCUGGGCAGAGAAUUCCACAGAUUCACCACUCCCUGGGAAAAACAGUUUCUCCUAAUCUCUGUCCUAAAUCUUUUCCCCUGAAUCUUGAGGCAAUGUCCCCUAGUUCUAGUCUCACCUACCAAUGGAAACAACUUUCCUACUUUUAUCGUAUCUAGCCCUUUCAAAAUUUUGUAUGUUUCUAUAAGAUCCCCUCUCAUUCUUCUGAAUUCCAGAGAGUAUAGUCCCAGACGACUCAAUCUCUCCUCAUAGGUUAACCCCUUCAUCCCUGGAAUCAACCUGGUGAACCUUCUCUGCAGUGCCUCCAAAGCCAGUAUACCCUUCCUCACACAAAGAAAUCUGCAGAUGCUAGAAAUUCAAGCAACACACAUAAAAUGCUGGUGGAAUGCAGCAGACAGGCAGCAUCUAUAGGGAGAAGCACUGUCGACAUUUCGGGCUGUGAUUCUUCGUCAGGACUAACUGAAAGAAAAGAUAGUAAGAGAUUUGAAAGUAGAAGGGGGAGGGGGGAAUUGUGAAAUGAUAGGAGAAGACCUGAGGGGGUAGGGUGAAGCUGAGCUGGAAAGGUGAUUGGCACAAGGGAUACAGAGCUGGAGAAGGGAAAGGAUCAUGGAAUGGGAGGCCUAGGGAGAACGAAAGGGGGAAGGGAGCACCAGAGGGAGAUGGAGAACAGGCAGUGAUGGGCAGAGAGAGAUUAAAAAGGGGGCGAGGGGGGAAGAAUAAAUAAAUCAGGGAUGGGGUAAGAAGGGGUGGGGGUGCAUGAAUGGAAGUUAGAGAAGUCAAUGUUCAUGCCAUCAGAUUGGAGGCUACCCAGACAGUAUAUAAGGCAUUGUUCCUCCAACCUGAGUGUGGCUUCAUCUUGACAAUAGUGGAGGCCAGGAAUGGACAUAUCAGAAUGGCACAAGGAAUUAAAAUGUGUGGCCACUGGGAGAUCCUGCUUUCUCUGGCGGACAGAGCAUAGGUGUUCAGCGAAACGGUUUCCCAGUCUGCGUCGGGUCUCACCAAUAUAUAGAAGACUGCACCAGGAGCACCGGACGCAGUAUAGCACACCAGCUGACUCACAGGUGAAGUGUCGCCUCACCUGGAAGGACUAUCUGGGGCCCUGAAUGGUGGUGAGGGAGGAAGCGCAAGGGCAGGUGUAGCACUUGUUCCACUUGCAAGGAUAAGUGCCAGGAGGGAGAUUGGUGGGAAGGGAUGGGAGGGGGAAUGAAUGGAUAAGGGAGUCAUGUAGGGAGCGACCUCUGCAGAAAGCAGAGGGAGGGAGGGAAAGAUGUGCUUGGUAGUGGGAUCCUGUUGGAGGUGACAGAAGUUACAGAGAAUUAUACGUUGGACUCAGAGGCGGGUGGGGUGGUAGGUGAGGACAAGGGGAACCCUAUCUCGAGUGGGGUGGCGUGCGGAUGGGUUGAGGGUGGGAAUGGGAGAGAUACUUUUGAGAGCAGAGUUGAUGGUGGAGGAAGGGAAGCCCCUUUGCUUAAAAAAGGAAGACAUCUCCCUCAUCCUGGAAUGAAAAGCCUCAUUCUGAGAGAAGAUGUGGUGGAGAUGGAGGAAUUGCAAGAUGGGGACGGAAUUUUUGCAAGAGACAUGGUAGGAAGAGGAAUAGUCCAGGCAGCUGUGAGAGUCAGUCGGCUUAUAGUAGAUAUUAGUAGAUAAGCUGUCUCCAGAGAAGGAGAUAGAAAGAUCAAGAAAGGGGAGGGAGGUUUCGGAAAUGGACCAGGUAAAUUUGAGGGCAGGGUGGAAGUUGGAGGCAAAGUUAAUGAUGUCACCGAGCUCAGCAUGCGUGCAGGAGGCAGUGCCAAUGCAGUUGUUAAUGUAGUGAAGGAAAAGAGGGGGACGGAUACCCCUAAAAGCUUGGAACAUGGACUGUUCCACGAAGCCAACAAAAGGACAGGCAUAACUGGGACACAUGCGGGUGCCCAUGGCUACACCUUUGGUUUGGAGGAAGUGGGAGGAGCCAAAGGAGAAAUUAUUGAGAAUAAGGACUAAUUCCGCUAGACAGAGGAGAGUGGUGGUAGAGGGGAACUGGUUAGGUCUGGAAUCCAAAAAGAAGCGGAGAGCUUUGAGACUGUCCUGGUGGGGGAUGGAGGUAUUUAGGGACUGGACAUCCAUGGUGAAAAUAAGGCAGUGGGGGCCAGGGAACUUAAAAUCAUUGAAAAAAUUCAAAGCGUGAGAACUGU